AUGGCUGUAAUGGUCGAGGAAGCAGUCAAAACUGGCGCGAAGGAGGAGGGCUUCUGGUGUCAGCUAGGAGCCCAAGCCCAGCUCAGGUGUGGCACCGACUCUGCGGUAAAUAAGCUGGGUGACGACUAUCGACAAGCUCACCGUGGCUACUCCGGGGAAGUGAUUGCUUAG